AUGCUGCCUCUGGAGUGUAUCCUGCUGGCCGCUCUUCUCCUGCAGGGUGACAAUGCGCAAGCCAUCCAGGAACACCUCGUGUUCACUAUCAUCCAGAUCUCAUCCUUUGUCAAUCAGUCCUGGGUGCAGCAUCGGGGCUCAGGGUGGCUGGGUGACAUGCAGACUCACGGCUGGGACACCGACUCUGGCACCAUCAUUUUCCUGCACACCUGGUCUAAGGGCAACUUCAGCGACGAGGAACUCCUAGAUCUGGAGUUGCUGUUCCGCGUCUACCUCAUUGGAUUAACCCGGGAGGCCCAAGAAUACGUCAGUCAACUGCACUUCACGUAUCCUUUUGAAAUACAGGUGGUCGUUGGCUGUGAGCUACAUUCCAGUGGCUUUUCAAAAGGCUUCUUGCGGUCAGCUUAUGAAGGAUCAGAUUUUGUGACUUUCCAAAACAUGUCCCUGGUGCCAUCUCCAGGAGCUGAUAGCAAAGCCCAGAGCGUCUGUUAUCUCAUAAACCAGUACGAAGGCAUCAAGGAAAUAGUGUACAGGCUCAUCACGAACACCUGUCCCCGAUUUGUCUUGGGUCUCUUCGAUGCAGCAAAGGUGGAUUAUAAGAGGCAAGUGCGACCCGAGGCCUGGCUGUCCACGGGCCCCGCUCCCGGGCCGGGCCGGCUGCGGCUGGUGUGCCACGUCUCCGGCUUCCACCCCAAGCCUGUGCAGGUGACAUGGAUGAGGGGCGAGCAGGAGCAACAGGGCACCCAGCGAGGCGACAUCCUGCCCCAUGCUGACAGCACGUGGUAUCUCCGAGUGACCCUGGACGUGGCUGCCCGGGAGGCGGCCGGCCUGUCCUGCAGGGUGAAGCACAGCAGUCUAGGGGGCCAGGACAUCGUUCUCUACUGGGGACAUCACGUCCCCGUGUACUUGAUCCUGCUGGCCGUGACGGUGCCCCUAGUGCUUCUCAUAGCCCUUGGCUUGUGGUUUCGGAAGCGCUGCUCCUAUCAGGACAUCCCGUGA